CAAAUGGGCACAGGACACGAGUUGGGCAGUACAAACGAGCUUUAUCGGGCAGCCCUGAACAACGAUUGGGAAUCUCUGAAGAAAUUCUACCAGAAAAAUGUUGGUUCGCUGUUAUUUCCUGUAACGGCCUCCAUGGACAAUGCAUUUCACUUGGCGGUGUUCAGCAAGAGUAAAGAUCCGCUUCAAUUUUUACUUGAUAUUUCCGAAGAACAUUCUAUGGUGAGGUAUGGCUAUUUAGAAAAAAAUGGCAACGGGAACACACCUCUUCAUGAGGCUGCAGCCAAUGGGAACCUGGAGGCCGUAAAGGCUUUGGUCUUUCAUCAUUGGAGGCUCCUCGUGGGAGAUAUUGAAGAUCCACAUGUGGAAGAGUUCCAAGAGGCUGUGAACAUGGAAGGCGAAACCCCGCUUUUUAUUGCUGCUGCAUUUGGGAGAACAAAAGUGGUGAAGUUUUUAGCUAAAAAAUCAUUACAAUUUCGCACAAGAUUAAUAUACCAAGAAAAAAUAGAAAAGACUAAAGAAGAAGAAUAUUUUAAGCUUGAAAAUAUUCACCGCCAAAUCAGACGCUCCAUCAAGGUAAAGCCCAAACCUAAACCCUCCAAUGAGCUGCCUGGUGCCAUCCAAGGUGAAAUAACAUCAGAGCCAGAGCCUGGUGCCAUGGAAGAAGAAAGAUUCAUAGAAGUGCCUGAUACCUCCAUUCUGCACGUUGCCAUCACAGGACACCAUUUUGAAACGGCUCUAUAUUUACUGAAGAAGGAUGAAUCGUUAGCAGCACUCAAGAACCUAGAUGGCCGGACCUCUCUUCACCUACUGGCAACCAUGCCCUCAGUUUUCGAAAGUGGAUAUCAAUGGGGCACAUGGAUCCACAGAGUCAUAUAUUCCUGCCUUCCAAUCGGUGAUGAUGCAGAUGAUGAUGAAAAAGCUACUACAAAAAAUUCCAAAGGGUGGCUUAAAUUAAUGGAAAAAAUCUGUGCACUAGUAGGGAGUAACAUCUUGGAAGAAAAGAGAAAGCAUAAACUUGCUUUCAAACUAGCGGAGACACUGAUAAAAAAAGAUUCUUCUUGGGAUGAAAUCGUUAAUAGGCUAGUGGUUCCAGAGUUUCCGUUUGAUAAAGAUCAGUCUUCAAAAGGAGAUUAUGAGCCAAUCCCGUUAUUGCUGGCGACUGAAAAAGGAAUAGUAGAAAUUGUGAACAAGAUACUAGAAGUAUGUCCCCAGCUAGUUGAGCAUUGCAAUGAUCUGGGUCAGAACAUACUGCAUGUGGCAAUUAAGCACCGUCAAUAUGAUAUCUUCAAUCAUGUGAAAAAUAUGAAAAUACCAAUGACAAGGUUAGUCCGAAAGGUUGACAAAAAUGGCUACACCAUUUUACACCAUGCUGCAGACUUGGAGCCAGAGACUGCAAAGCGUCACCCAGCAGGACCUGUAUACCAACUCCAGGAAGAGAUAAAGUGGUACAAACGUGUAAAGGAGAUCACGCCCGCCCACUACGCCAUGUUUCGCAGCAAGGAGGUAAAGAAAACUUGCGAAGAGCUAUUCAAUUCGAAGCACAAUAAACUACUCGGGCAAGCAGAGACUUGGAUAAAAGGCACUUCUCAGUCUUGCUCUGCAGUGGCUGUUCUCGUUGCUACAGUGGUCUUUGCAGCUGCGUACACUGUGCCUGGAGGUUCUAAUGAACAGGGGUAUCCAAUUUUCCUCAACAGCACUCUCUUCUUGGUUUUCACAGUUACGGACGUUAUUGCUUUGGCCUGCUCCUUAACCUCCGUUGUAAUGUUCUUAUCCAUCCUUGCAUCGCCUUAUACGUAUGAUGAAUUCCUCUACAAACUCCCUAGAAAACUCACAAUAGGCUUCUCCUUGCUCUUCAUUUCAUUGGCUACAACAAUGAUUGCAUUUGCAGCAACAUUAUUGCUCAUAGUUCGUUUGCAAAAGCCACAUGGGGCCACCACUCUCAUUUAUACUGCUGCAUUUCUUCCUGUCAGCAUAUUUGCACUCACGAGUUUUCCCAUGUAUGCUGCAUUUGAGAAAACUUUGCUCAAGUUGUAUCUUAGAUUGUCUAAGAAUUGGCGUGUCACAAAGUCUCCACCGCCCAACAAGUCAGCUUCCAGAUAG